GUCGGACAUAUUAUCCUCCGCUCUUUUCCUGCUUAUUCAUCAUGGAAACCGAAUCUCCUCGUCGUAGCUCUCGUUUAUCUUCCUCUCCUAAGGGCAAAGCAGAUGACUGACAACCAUAAUAGUGCCUCAAAUGGUGUGAGUGUUGCCAAACUGAAUGGGAAUUCUAGCGCUGAGCCAAUAUUAAAGAAAGCAAAGUUACAAGAUGGUACUGUGACUUAUAGAUCUUAUCCUUUAGUUGAGAGUAGUGAGGAUUCAUGCGAAAAUGGUGAUAAUAAAGCGGAAAAUGAAUCAGUCGAAAAGGAUGAAGAUCAAAGCGAAUCAUCCGAAGUAGAUAAGAAAAGUGAUGAUGCAGAAGAGGAUGAUGCAGAUGAUGAAAAAGAUGAUGAAAAAGAUGAUGAAAAGGAUGACGAUAAAGAUGAUAAAAGUCCUGUCCCAGAAAAAGAUGAUCCCGAAGUAGCGGCAGAUGAAUGA